AGUGGUGCUUUAGGGUAAUAAUGGAAAUAACUCUCGAUUUAAAUGAGAUAUGCCGAACCUGUAUGUGCGUUUCCGAGCGCACGUUAUCCGUCUUUAUGAAGGACUUGAAGUUUAAUAUCACACUUUCCACGAUGAUUACCGAAUUGAGCGCCAUGAAGUUCACAGCGAAUGACGGGUUAUCGGAAAAAAUUUGCUAUUCCUGUGCACGGCUUCUUGGAAAGGCAUAUGGAUUUCAACAGAUGUGCAACCAAUCUUACAACACUUUGACGUCGUACGUAAAACAUCGGAGCGAAGAGAUUCCCAUUGAAGGCGCUCCAGCUGAAGAAAGGCUGGAGGAGCUGCUGGAAGUCAACUUGAAUGAAGAAACUGCAGAGAGCCAACAAAAGCUAAACGACGAAACCGGCAAUCUUGUGGCGCAAGAUUGGAGUCCAACUUAUGAUGACUCCGAACAUUAUCUAAAAGAUGAAGAGUACUUAGAGGAUUCCUGUGCCUCAGAUGCGGAUAAAAGCGGUUUGGCGGAUGUUGACAACCACCAAACUGCUGAUGAAGUCGACGUGUUGUCGACGUACCCAACUGGUUACGACAACGAGGCUUCUAAUGGAAACAAGGACAAUGCCGAGUCGAACUUGCAGUGUAAAGUUUGCCUACGUGUGCUCAGCUCAAUGAGCCACCUGAAACGACACAUGAAGAUACACACGAAGUCGAAACCCUUCCAGUGCUCUGAGUGUUUAAGGUGCUUUUGUAGAAGAGACAAUUUAUUGACUCACAUUAAGCUGCAUUCUUCGGAACGCCCGUGUGUGUGUCAGUUAUGCAGUGCGUCGUUCAGGCGAUUCGAAAACCUGAAGAAACAUAUGUACAAGCAUCACAAAGAUCGGAUGGGCACGGCAUUGUUUCCUUGUACGAUUUGCGAGAAAGUACUGUCGUCGGAAAAGAAUCUUAACACGCAUAUGGAAGGACAUACGCAGGACAAGCGCUUUACGUGCCACAUGUGCUCGAAGGAAUUCACGAACCGGUCCGCAUACACAACACAUAUGCGGAAGCAUACGUUAGCGGAAAACAAACCCUUUCUUUGUCCGCAAUGCGGUAAGUGUUUUCGCCGGAAGGACUAUCUUCAAGUGCACCUGCGGCGUCACACGGGCGAGAAACCGUUCAAGUGUCAGUACUGCGAUAAAGCUUUUCCUCGUGCGACAGAUUUAAAUAUUCACGUAAAGUAUCAUAAAAACGAGAAGGUUCAUACCUGCGUGAUUUGUGGUAAAAGUUUCCACCGACAAUAUAACUUGACGGUGCACUCGAGAUUACACACCGGCGAAAAACCGUACCAAUGUCCACACUGUCCGAAACAGUUCAAUCAGAGCUACGAUCUGAUUGUACACAUUCGGCGCCACACAGGCGAACGCUUUAAGUGUGAUGUGUGCGAUAGUGCAUUUUUGCACAUAUCCCAACUGAACCAACAUCUGCGAGACAUCCACGAUCGACCUGUCCAGCUUGAAACGCGCCGUGUGUCAAAAGUUAUGCAUCUGACGAAGCAAACUGGACAGCAAGAAACACUAGAAACUUCCAUCGAAGCUGUCGACGACGGCAAUACUAAGUUUGAACACUCCGUGUAA